AAUUAAACCAGACUUCUAUGACGCCAUUCUAGCUCUCGCGCAGCAACAGUUUGAGCAGGCAAAACUUUCUUGGUAUUAUGCUGUUGCCACAAACGUUGAUCUGGAUUCAUGGCCUGCAACAGAAGAAGUUCUUCAGCUUUACAACAAUGCUGAGGAAAAUAUUGAAAAAGGUAUGGAGAUGUGGGAGGAAGCAGAGGAGCUACGUCAAAAUGAACUCACCCACCCAAAUAAAAUUUCAUCUCUGUUGCUGAAAAUGAAUAUGGGUAAUAUGUUUAAAGAUAUAUCAGCAGAUGAAGCUGAAGAACAGGCUGAAAAUAUUAGGUCGCAGAUAUAUGUUUUAUGGGGUACCAUGCUAUAUGAAAGAUCUAUUAUGGAAUAUAAAAUAGGCAUUCCUGUGUGGCACGAAUAUCUGGAGGUUGCUAUUGAAAAAUUUGAACAAGCUGGAGCUUCUUCAACAGAUAUUGCUGUCAUGAUAAAGAACCAUUGUUCUAAUGAUACUGCACUCGAAGGCUUAGGGUUCAAUAUCAAUGAGAUAGUACAAGCAUGGAAUGAGAUGUAUGAAGCAAAGAAGUGGCAGAACAGCAUUCCCGCUUUCACGUUAGAGCCACUACUUCGGAGACGAGCCUCAAAAAUCUAUCAUGCCCUAGAACAUGCGUAAGUGCUGACUUCGUUCAUUUCAUGGAGGGGAAAUACUCUAAGUGGAACAGCAUCGGCCAGGGUCUGUACUUACUGCAAACUUGGUAACUACUAGCUUGCCAUACUAGUAGACAGUUACUUUGUAAUAUGCAAUUUAUCGUUCUUGUUUUAAUGCUAAAGAUAGAAGGUAUCUCAAGGUA